UCACUCUCCGGACCACUAGGGGAGCGAUAAGACACUUCUUCUCGAGUCGUAUCGGACACGCGUGCUGCACACCUCCAGCUGACGCUUCAGGCUCACUUUGGCGAGUUACACUACACUCACUGACUCACUGACUCACUCUCUCACUCUUCUCUAUACAUGCAAGACUGUCGUUCAUGUGUGUAAAUGGACAGAAGCUCGAGUAAAUGCCCGGAUGCUGUCUGGUCGGGCUGAUGACGGUGAGCUCGUGCUUAAUUUUGUCUGACUGACCUAAGCUGAGGUCACGGAGUCCUGCACACGAUGUGUGAUCCAGGUCAGUCAGAGGAGGCUAGGGGCAGUGCCCAGGGCAGUCCGGUGAUGAAGCGGUUGGGGGUCAUCGCCACCUGCGCUGUUGGAGGCUCCCUCUUCGCUCUGUACGCCGUCGCCGCGCCGUUCGUCGCGCCCGCCUUGAGGAAGGUUUGCCUCCCUUUUGUUCCUGCAACCAGCACUCAGGUCAGAAACGUCCUGGAUGUUUUACGAGCGAGAUCGGGGACUCUUGUAGAUAUUGGAAGCGGUGAUGGACGGAUAGUCAUAGCUGCAGCAAAGCAGGGAUUCCACUCAGUUGGCUUUGAGCUGAAUCCAUGGCUGGUGUGGUACUCGCGUUACAGAGCUUGGAGGGAAGGAGUUCAUCGCCACACCUCUUUUCAUAUAUCAAACCUGUGGAAGGUUAGUUUUGCACAGUACUCUAAUGUGGUCAUUUUUGGAGUUCCACAAAUGAUGGAGCAGCUAGAAGCCAAGCUUCAGUCAGAGCUUCAGACCUCAGCCAAAGUCGUAGCCUGCCGCUUCCCUUUCCCCACAUGGACUCCUGACCAUGUGGCUGGAGAGGGAAUUGACACUGUGUGGGUUUAUGAUGCCAAGACAUUCAAAUCUCAAGUGACAACAGCAAAGCUGCUGAAAAACAGUGAAGACAGCACGACUCCUCAUCAAUGAUGAACUUUGUAUGAAUGUACUGUCCACUAGAGUAAAUGGAUAAGAAAAAUAUACAUAUUUGUCUUGCAAUGCAAAGUGUGAUUUAAAACUUGUUUUUCUUGUUAAAAGUUGUUUUGAUUUUUUUUCUUCAUUAAAUAAGA